UUACCCACUUUUAAUUGCACAACUCAGUAACAUUAAGCACAUUCACAUUGUGUAAUGAUCAUCUAGCUACAGAGUUUUUUCAUCAUGCUAGACUGAAACUCAACACUGUUAAGUAUGAAUUCCUAUUUAACAUCCUCCACAACUAUCCCGAGAUGACAACCGUCUAUUUUUCUGUCUCUAUGAGUUUGAUUACCAGAUGUACCUCGUAUGAAUAGGAGCACCCUUUAGGGUCUUCCUCAAUUAGCAUAACGGUUUUAAAAUCCAUCCACAUGGUAACAUGUGUCAGAACUGAAUGACUUUUAAAGAACGAAUACCAGCCCGCGGUUUGGAUAUACCACAUUUUCUCUACCCAUUUGUCCGUCCAUGGACGCUCAGACAGCUUCCCCAUGGACAGUGCUGCUAUGAAUUCGCCCGCACAUGUGUCAGUGCUUCCUUUCCGCUGCUUUGAGUGCGCAUCUAGAACUGGACACUACUCCAUCAUUUGAUAAUCCCAUGGUUAGAGGGAUGGCUAUACUGUUGGCCAUAGCAACUGCUCCACUCCUCCUCCCUACCAGCAGGAAACAAGGGUUCCAAUUUCCCUGCAUCUCCACGAACAUUUGUUGUUUUCUGUUUCUAAGAGUCAUUCCAAUGAGUACCGCCGGGGCUUGCAUCUCUUUCUAAGGUCGAGCAUCUCUUCCGGUGCUUAGUGGACACAGGCGUGUCUUCUCCUCAUGUCCUCCACUCGUUUUUAAGUUGAGCUUUGAUACUGUGUUACUCUGGUUGUCAAAUAUGUUUCUCAUCUAGAUUGAGACAUCCUUAGGAGACUCAUAAGCAGUGGGCGGCCAGUGUCACCUACCGGUUGGUGGGCUCUGGCUGUGCAGCAUGGCAUGCCUGUGAACACAGCCGCCUAUUGCCCCAAGAAAGAAGUCAACUUCGGAGACCGCAGUCACAAAACAGCCACACAAACACAUUUGGCUCUGCAGGGCAAGAAAGGCCUUAGCCUGGCUUCAGGCUCUGGGGAUCAGUCUGCAAUAGCAGCCACCUGAAGCUGCACACUGGCCUCACCUGGGGUCCCCUUCCCUGGGAUUCUAGGCCCCCAGGCCCGGCUGCUUUCAGCUUUUCAGUCACCUGGAACACAGCCUCAUCCAAGAGAGUGGCUUUACCCAGGUCAACGCCCUUCCCCAUGCCCCACCCCCACCCGGGCCAGAUAUACCGAACCCCUUUGGGAAAGGAGGUAUGGCUUGGACGUCAGUAUUUCUCCAAAGUGCCAAAAUAACCAAAUAAUUUCCAAGCGCAGUCCAGCCGAUGACUCUUGAUGAUCAAACACAAGGAGCGACCUGGUUGGAAACACGUGCCUCCAUUUUUCUUUCUGGUUUCCUGGCUUGGUCCGUUGGUCCAAAGCUGGCAAGGGCUGGGUGGGAUGGGGUGGGGGGAUGUUUCUCAGACCUUUGAUCGGGGGGGGGGGGGGGUAGACGACCCUAACCCGCACCCCUAGGUGCAGGGCGUGGGUCCAGCAGCAUCCUCCUCCUCCCUGCCUGCAGCAGGGCUUCCCGCGUGUUCCCCCGCGCGCCCCAUCUCUAAAGUAAACAGGGCGGAGGGGACCGGUGCCGCCCGCUCGCUGCCCGGCUGCAGCCGGCCGGAGCCAUGGCCGAGGCGGUGCCGGCCUCCCCUGCGGGCAGCCGCGGCCUGCACCGGGGCAUCAUCCAGUGGCUAGUUGACAAUUUCUGCGUCUGUGAAGGGUUUAGUGUGCCUCGAUGUCUCAUGUAUGAGAUUUAUGUGGAGACCUGUGGGCAGAGUGCUCAGAACCAGGUUAACCCAGCAACAUUCGGGAAGCUCGUGCGCUUGGUUUUUCCUGACCUGGGCACCCGGAGGCUGGGCACACGAGGAAGCGCCAGGUAUCACUAUGAUGGAAUCUAUAUCAAGAAAAGUUCUUUCUUCUACUCCCAUUACUGCCACCUCCUGGGUAAAAAAAGCUGUCACAGUGGUGAUGUGGUCACCUUUGGAAAAUCUACUGAUUAUAACAACGUUAUCAAACAGGAAGAAAGAUGUGAAAAUCACUCACCAAUUAAGACGGACUCGAUGGAAUCACCCGUGUCUCCGUUCAGACGAUGUCCGUUUUGGGAACAAGAGCUGGCAAACAAGUACUCCUGUAAGCUGGUGGUCUUUCUCGCUGACGAGUACUGCAACUACUGUCGAGACGUUUUACAGAGUGUGAAGAACCAAGAGCUGGAGAAGGUGGAGGACUUAAUCACAUCCUUCUGGAAAUCUCUGCAGCAAGACACAGUCAUGCUCAUGUCUCUGCCUGACGUGCGCCAGCUCUUUGGAUGCUAUGACAUGCAGCUGUUUAAGGGCCUGGAGGACAUUCUCCUCCCUGACUUCCUGGAGGACGUUAGUAUCCAGUACCUGAAAUCCGUCCGGCUGUUUAGUAAGAGAUUUAAACUGUGGCUUCUCAGGGCUCUCGAAGGUUUCCCGGCCAUCUUACAGAUCUCCAAACUCAAAGAAGUCACUGGAUUUGUCAAAAGACUCAGGAGGAAGACAUACCUUUCCAACAUGGCAAAGACGAUGAAGAUGGUCCUGAAGAACAGCAGGAGAGUGGGCCUCUUGAAGUCAGAUCUGCGUGCCAUCAUCAGCGAAGGCACUUUGGAUAUUUCGAAGAAGGUCCUGGCAGGUGACUCAGACCAUGAAGAGGAUCUGGAGAGCCACACAGAGAUGAAAUGCUUGGGCUGUCUAAUUUCUUUGCUGGAAACCUCCACAGAUCUUGCUGAACUCCUGAACUGUGUGUCUUCAAACCUCCAAGUGCUUGUCUUCCAGCCAAGCAAAAGCAAAGAGGAGUUUGUCAGGCUGGCUGCCAGCUUCCAGCUAAGAUGGAAUUUCCUUCUCACCGCUGUGAGUAAAGCCAUGACCUUGAGCCACAGAGACAGUUUCGGCGCCUGGCAUCUGUUUCAUUUGCUGCUUUUGGAAUAUGUGAUUCACAUUCUGGAGUCGUGCGUAGAGGAAGAAGAGGAAGAAGAGGACCUGGGGAGUCUCCAGGACUUGCUGUCAGAUGACCAGUUUCUCGCCCAGCCGGACCAGGCCCUUUUCCACCCUCUGGAUACUUUGCCAACGUCGGAAUGCACAAGCCGGAGUGUGGAGUCACCUCAGGUGACGCUGAGACACAUGAGCCAGAGCUGCAGUCCCAUGGGUGUGAGCAGCAUGGUUCUCCAGGUGCUGGGCUUCCUGGUGGACACUGCCACAGGCAAUAAGCUCAUCCAGGUAUUGCUAGAAGACAAGGCCACCGAGAGCAUCUUUAAACUCAGCCUUCCUGUGGGACAAGAAGCCCUCAUCACCCUAAGCAACGGACAGAGAUUUGUAAUUCACAUAUCUGAUGUGCCCCAAAGCUCAGAAAAUACUUACUGCAGAAAAAUCAACACGAAUAUGCCAGGUGGUUUGUUGGAAUAGGGCGUGAGGAGACAGGCUUGAAUUCUUAAAAUAUGUAUUAAAUCCUAAAGUUUUGUAUUGAUCUGAGAGAUUUUAUGUAUAUAAUAGAUGAAGCACUUUAUGUUUGUAUGUAUUUUGAGGAAUUGCUUUUGAUCAAACUAUAAACUAAUUUGGAGAAUAAUUCUUUUUGCCUCUUGUUUUUCCUUUGGGUCCUGUUGGACAGUUCUCUUUGGGGACAGAACAGAAGACCAAUGUAAGAAAUCAUUAGGAAUGAGGAUUGGCUGUUUCCAGAGAAAGAUACAGUUUGAGGACUACAAAUUGGUGUUUUCUCUUUCCCUUUGUUGUGACCCAAUCCCAAUCAAAACAGAACUUGUAGAAAACUCCAUCAGGCAAGAGGAAGCUCACUGAGUUCUCCUGGUACUCCCUGGCAUGUCUAAAUGCCUGGUUCAUUACCCUAGUUUUCAAAACAUGAGGUGUAGAUGUAACCAACGGUCUUAUAAAAUAAGAAACACAGAGCCAAUUCAGAGAAGAAAGCCAAGAGGUCAGAGCUAAGAGCCUCACCCUUCCUGAUUCAGGGAUCCUCUCCAGCCAAGAGAGCUCUCCGAAAAGGACCUACUUCCUGUGUGUCUGUCUUUAAAGUCUUCCUGUUCUGCCUUCUCAUUGGUUGUAAACCCAAACAUGUGACUGCCUCGUCACUGCCUGAAUGUACCGCCCUCCAGGUCCUUAAAGGCGUGCGCCACCGCCGCCACGCACUUGCUAUGACUCUAAUAGCUCUGACCCCCAGACAACUUUAUUUAUUAACAUACAAUUAAAAUCACAUUUCAGUAUAAGUAAAAUACCACCACAAUGAGGUAGAAUUGUAAAUUCAAAAAUGUCUACGAUAGGCGCCCAUGUUCCUUUUGUGAAGCAGAAUCUUAAAAGUUGUUGAAAUUUUGUGUAUCAUUGCCAUACAGAUAUAUUUUCUGCAACUGAUUAUGAUGUUUAAAAUGAAUUUUAGAAUUCAUGAUUUGCAUGGUUUCUGGAGUAAAUGAAAUGACUUGAGAAAUUUUACUGGUCUCUUAUUACAUGCGAAAUGAUUUAAAUUUCAUUUAGUUCCACAU